AUGCGUCAAUUAUCGUUGGAGCUUCUUGAGCUUAUUGCCGAAAACACAUCAUCUACACGCGAUAUCGCUCAACUUGCUCUUGUGAAUCAUCAAUGUCAUGCGGCAGCCAUUCGAGCUCUCUUCCAUACCAUGGCUAUCCAUAGCCCUCAGCAAUAUGCAGCCCUUGUUCGACACACCAAGCGAUUCAAGGAACAAGGAUGGUUAAACUAUGUGCGUCGAGUCGACCUUUCAAGCUACACCGCUCGUGGUUCCGGUUGGAGCGAGGCACAAGCCAAAGCUAUUGUUGAACCUGAAGGCCUUGCUUAUCUUUUAAGUUCAUGUGUCAACAUGACUCAAUUGUAUGUGGGCGAGGAAAUGAUGCAAGCUUUUGUCGAACCAGUGGUAAUUCGAGCCGUGUUUAAUGGUCAUCUACGGUUGGAGGUAUUGGAUUUUACCGGGUUCUGCGAUCGAAAGUUUACGGCAGCCAUGGCUGAGGUGUUUGCAGAGGACAAGGAUAAAAAGAACAACGAGGAAGAAAUGUCAACAAUGGAACAGCAACCACCUGCUGCUACUACAACAACAGCUGUGCCAACCGUGAUGCCACCUCGACUUGGCAACAUUUCAUUUUACAUGUGCAUGGCUUUGUCACAAGCAUCAUUUUUUGUGCCUUUCUUCAAGCAAAUGCGAUCGAAUGGUAAUGCACUCCAUCGACUUGAUUUAGGUCACACCAAGGUGACCAGUGACUUAUUUCAGCAUCUCAACCCCGAUUCAAUGACCCAUUUGAACUUGCAAGGUUGCCAUGGAAUCAGGUGCUGCUCUGCUGUGAUACCAUUUUUAUCACGCGCACGCGCACAUCUCGUUGAGCUCAAUCUCAAUAUGAAUUUCAAUGGCGUGGCAAGCAACAACUUUUGUCGUGAAUGUCUCUCUCAUCUUGUGGCCACUGAGAUGCCAUCCUUGCGUUCACUCAACCUGGGCGGUCAUGCUAGCAUGGAUGAUACCGUGCUUGCUAGCUUUUCAACCGUCAAUCUUAAAAAGAUUGAGUAUCUCUCACUCGCCUCUUCCCAACACAUUACCACGGAUGGUCUCAUGACCUUGCUUGGAAAAAUGCCCAAUCUCAAAUAUCUUAACCUUUCAAGGACAUGGUUUGCCCUCGAUUUGAAGUACAUGGUGGCUAUCCUGCAAAACAUUGUCGGCUCAUCUCCCGUAUCCCUAUGUGGUGGAGAAGGAAUUCAACAACAGCAACCACAACAAAAGCUAUACAAGGCACUCAAGGUCGUUGAAAUCAGUCAAAGUACUACGGGUAGCAGCAGCAACAAGAACCGGUUGCCUGAACAAUUCCAAGGAUGGUCACUUGUACACCAUGGACGUCGAUCCUACUAUAGCCGUGACAAUGUCGAUCCUCGCUUUUUCUACGCCAACAAGCUUCCUUUGCGUGAUGAAUUCCCUUGCUCACCAAUGACCAAAUACUGGAGCUACUCUUGCUGA